GGAUGCCUUUUCAUGCCUCAGGUUCUUCAUCUCACCACAUCAUCGACUGGCUCUCAUUGCAUCCACUCACUCACUAACUCCGCCUCAAUUCAGUCCACGGAUAUCGACUACGGUCUGAACACGCGGCUUCUAAAGUAUUCAUUCACGCUCUUCUCUCUUCUCUCUUCUUUCGACCUUUCCAAUUCAUCCUCAUUCCCUUCCUCCGCCAGACCUUACUUUGUACAUUCCAUCUGCUCAAGGGCCUCGGAUUAUUUGCUCUUCCCCUCUCCCUUGCUCCGCCGGCUUCUUCUGCUGCCUGUGCGCCUGCGCCAUCGCCGGGGUGGAUCCCAGCCGUCAGAACGAUAGUGCCGCGUAGUCACCUCCUAGUCGCCACGGGGACCCCGUCCCUACAGCUAUCGCGGCUCAAUAAUCAGCUUCCUGUAGCUGCAUUGUGAAUAGCUUUCUUUACACCGGCGUGCUCCUCCAUCCACCAUGGCGCAAUACUUCUUCGAUCUUCUCUAUAACUUCACAGAUUGCAUGUGCUGUUUCCCCAGUACGCCGCAAUUAAAGAUCAACAAUCGUAGCUUCAAAUUGCUCCGACUCCUCGGUGAAGUAUGAUUGCCUCUGGCUAAUGGUUUACUGCACAACACCGGGAACGCGCGAUGCUGACGAUCAACGCAUCAUGCUAGGGUG